AUGGCAUCUCCCACCAACCCCACCGUAGCUCCAAUGAGCAAUUCCCUAUCUGGAAGUGACAUUGAUGUGUCAAAGGACGAAAAAAUCAUUGGUCAAGUCGAUGUUCCGUCACGACCAAAACCUACGCGCCAGGUAUCUGAAUGGGAGGCUCUUCAGAUUGCGGCCGCGGGGGAUAUCGAUACCAUCAACCGUGAAAUGGAUGAAGUCGAGGCAGAGCUGCAGGCAAAGAACAUUCGGUCGACAUGGCUUAAGCCACAAUUACGUUUGAAGGAUCCCAGGUAUUUUACUUGGCUGCUUGUUGGUUUUGCCUCCAUGGGUGGUUUGUUGAGUGGAAUCGAUCAGAGUCUUAUCUCGGGUGCCAAUCUCUUUAUGCCAGCUUCUCUCGGUCUCAACACGAAACAAGUCAGUCUUGUUAGCUCCGGUGUGCCAUUAGGAGCUGUAGGUGGUGCAUUGAUUCUGGGUCCCCUUAACGAGGCCGUUGGACGACGUAUGGCAAUUAUCGUAUCUCUCGUCAUGUAUACCAUUGGUGCAGGUCUUUGCGCUGGGGCAGUUGAUUUUGGGAUGAUGGUUACUGGUCGUAUCAUUCUCGGAAUGGGAGUUGGAUUAGAGGGUGGAACCGUUCCCGUCUACGUCGCGGAAUCCGUUGCCCCAAAAUACCGUGGAAAUCUUGUUUCAUUGUAUCAAUUCAUGAUAGCUCUAGGCGAAGUCCUCGGUUAUGUGGUCGCUGCCAUAUUCGUCAACGUACCGUCUGGAAGCUGGAGAUAUAUGCUAGGAUCAUCUCUCAUUUUCUCGACUGUGAUGUUCGUGGGUAUCAUGUUCAUGCCGGAAUCUCCUCGCUUCCUUAUGCACAAAGGAAAGACCACCGAAGCUUGGCAUGUUUGGAAACAGAUUAGAGGUCAAGAUAUUGCCGCUCGCACUGAAUUCUUCGUCAUGAAGUACUCUGUCGCUGAGGAGUUUGCCGCUAUGGAGAAUCGGGUCAAUAAGAGAUUUCCAUGGAUGGAUUUCUUUACAGUUCCACGCGCUAGACGGGCUAUCAUCUACGCCAACGUUAUGGUGUUUCUGGGGCAGUUUACUGGAAUUAACGCGAUUCAGUAUUACAUGGCGACACUUAUGCAACAAGUGGGGUUUGACGAUAAAGACGCCGUAUUCAUGUCUCUCGUUGGUGGAGGGGCGCUCCUAUUAGGUACCCUCCCAGCCAUUUUCUACAUGGAGAAGUUUGGCAGGCGAUUUUGGGCGUGUGCUAUGCUUCCUGGGUUCUUCAUCGGUCUCGUCAUCAUUGGCUGCUCCUAUCUCAUUCCCUUAUCUAACAAAGCUGGGUCUCAAGGAACCUACAUUACUGGUCUUAUCAUCUAUGAGGGCUUCUUUGGCUCCUACGCCUGUCUCACCUGGGUCAUCCCCGCAGAAGUCUACCCUACCUACCUUCGCAGUUACGGCAUGGAAACAAGUGAUGUGACGCUUUUCCUCUGCUCUUUCCUCGUCACUUACUUCUUCGCCGAGAUGCAAUCUGCAAUGUCAAAGAUCGGCUUGUCACUAGGCUUCUACGGUGGCAUCGCGGUCGUGGGAUGGUUUUACCAGAUCCUUUUCAUGCCAGAGACAAAGAACAAGACUCUUGAGGAGAUUGAUAUCAUCUUCAGUCAGCCUACUAGUCAGCUUAUGCGGGAGAACUUACGCAGUGCUAUGGUAACUGCUGGCGACUUCUUUGCUUUCCGAUGGGGCAAAGUAUUUUCUCCUGUCUCGGAGUCGGAUAUUUUCAGGAAAGAGAAUGGACACAAGACUGCUCAAGACGCGAACGCCAAACACGAGGAAUUACUGCAUUGA